AUGACCGGUCUGCAGCGAGACGGGUUUGGAAACUCUGAGCUGACGACCUCUUUGUGGUCUAUUACCAUGUGCCUCAUCAGCCUCAUCAUCCUCAUCAUCCUCAUCAUCUUCAUCAGCCUCAUCUCCCUCAUCAUCCUCAUCAUCUUCAUCAGCCUCAUCUCCCUCAUUAUCGUCAUCAUCCUGAUCAUCCUCAUCUUACUCAUCAUCCUCAUCAUCCUCAUCAGCCUCAUCAUCUUCAUCAUCCUCAUUCUCUUCAUCAUCCUCAUCAUCUUCAUCAUCCUCAUUCUCUUCAUCAUCAACUUCAUCAUCCUCAUCUCCCUCAUCAUCCUCAUCAGCCUCAUCAUCUUCAUCAUCCUCAUCUCCCUCAUCAUCCUUAUCAGCCUCAUCAUCUUCAUCAUCCUCAUUCUCUUCAUCAUCAUCUUCAUCAUCCUCAUCCUCAUCAUCUUCAUCAUCCUCAUCAGCCUCAUUCUCUUCAUCGCCCUCAUCAUCCUCAUUCUCUUCAUCAUCCUCAUCACCCUCACCAUCUUCAUCAUCCUCAUCAUCAGCCUCACCAUCUUCAUCAUCCUCAUCAUCAGCCUCAUCACUCACAUCAUCUUCAUCACCUUCAUCAUCCUCAUCAGCCACUUCAUCAUCUUCAUCAUCCUCAUCAUCAGCCUCACCAUCUUCAUCAUCCUCAUCAUACUCCUCAUCACUCACAUCAUCUUCAUUAGCCUCAUCAUCCUUAUCAUCAUCACCCUCAUCAUCAUCGUCCUCAUCACCUUCAUCACCUUCAUCAUCCUCAUCACUCACAUCAUCUUCAUCAUCGUCAUCAUCACCUUCAUCCUCCUCAUCAGCCUCAUCACCUUCAUCAUACUCAUCAUCAUCGUCAUCAUCAGCAUCAUCAUCUUCCUCAUCAUCCUCAUCCUCAAAGGGUUACAGAUGGUUGUUGUUGAAGAACCGCCCCGUCCUCUGUCCAUCUCCAUUCGUCAGGACUGGACUGACCCCCCACAGACCCCUCCCACAGACCCCCAAACACGUCCAUAA